AUGGAAGAGGAUGAGAAGGAGAGAUUGAGGUUUUCUGAAGGAAGAAAUGAUUGUGAUAGUGAUUCUGAGGGUUAUGUGGAGGACCUAGUUGAUGAUGAACUUUGCUAUUCCUCUGGUGGCAUCCCCAAGCUGCAAUUCAGGAAAGAUGUGUCGAAGGCACGGUGGAUUGAGGAGUUGGGAAUUGCUGAGGUGGUGGAGCGCAAGGGUAAAAUGUGGACCACAACUGGGAUGGUUCGUGAUGGCAAAAUAUACAGCUCUAUCGAAGAGGCUUUGUUUUUGGCUGAAAUUGGAGCUUUGCAUGUCUUGAAUGGUGAUGAUGCAUACCUUUCCUUAAAAGAUUUAUAUGAAAAGGUUGCUAAAGGUACAGAUGGAUAUGGAUGCUCUUGGGAGUCUUUUGAAAUUUAUCGCCACUUAAAAUCUCUUGGUUACAUUGUUGGCCGGCAUGGUAUCCCUUGGACUUCUAGGAGUACUAAAAUUAAUUCCAUUGCUGAAAAUGGUGCAUCUGAACUUGAUGGGACAAGUUGUAAUGGGUCAAGACACGACAUUAUCAUUACCGAAAUGCUCAAUAACUUGCAGCUUAGUGAAGUGAGAACAAUUUUCGAUGUUUACCCGCCUAAUAGCAAGUUUAAGAAGUCUUCUCCUGGUAGUCCGUGUUUUCUUCUCUGCCUUGCUGGUGACCACCCACCAUCUAAACAAGCGACCGAGGACCUUGAGACACGUUACAAAGGCCAUUGUAUAAAGUUUUGUAAUGUCGAGCAUGGGCGCGUCAGUUUCUUUUCAUUCACCAAAGUGGAACUUCCUGUCCUUCCAUGA